AUGCGAACCAGCCGAUGCCGAGAGACCGCGUUCAUCUACGCCAUCACGAGUGCGGGCGUGACGCACGCCAUCGCACGCGCGUGCGCCGAGGGCUCCAUCCAGUCGUGCACGUGCGACUACCGGCACGCGGGUCGCGUGGCUGGCGGCCGUGGCGGCGGCGGGGGCGGCGGCAAGAAGCCCGACUGGGAGUGGGGUGGCUGCUCCGACAACAUCGAAUACGGAUUCAAGUUCUCGAGAGACUUCGUGGACACGGGAGAGCGAGGGCGCACUCUGCGGGAGAAGAUGAACCUGCACAACAACGAGGCCGGGCGCCUGCACGUGCGCGAGGAGAUGCGGAAGGAGUGCAAGUGCCACGGCAUGUCCGGCUCGUGCACGGUGAAGACGUGCUGGAUGCGCCUGCCGCAUUUCCGCGUGGUGGGCGACAACCUCAAGGACCGCUUCGACGGCGCGUCGCGCGUGCUGGUGGGCAACGCGGGGUCCCCCAGGGGCCCCGGCGCGGGCAAGGGCAAGGGCAACCGCUACAACUUCCAGCUGCAGCCGUACGACGCGCAGCACAAGCCGCCGGGCCGCAAGGACCUCGUGUACCUCGACCAGUCGCCCAACUUCUGCGAGCGCAACCCGCGCCAGGGCAUCCAGGGCACGCACGGCCGCGAGUGCAACGAGACGUCGCUGGGGCUGGACGGCUGCGACCUCAUGUGCUGCGGCCGCGGCCACCGCUCGCAGGAGGUGAUGCUGGUGGAGCGCUGCCACUGCACCUUCCACUGGUGCUGCGAGGUCAAGUGCAAGACGUGCCACGUGCGGAAGACCAUCCACACGUGCCAAUAGACAGCGCCCAGUGUGAGCCUGCGAGUGUGUGUGUGUGCGCGCGCGUGAGAUGGAGAGACGAUUGUGAUGAACACGCCGGGCGAUCUCGCCCUCUGUUCUUGCUUCAAGACUGAUACCUUUUUUUUUGUAUAGCUGUAGGUAUGUGUAUACUAGCGCCAACAACUUCAUCAUUCAACUAACUGUUUAUUGCUACAGUAAUUAUUGUAAUUAUUACCAGAACAGGGAUCAUUGUAAUAUUUAUAAAAAAGAACUGACUGUGGGCGUGAGAGAAGAUACGCUGACGCUAGUCACCCGGCCCACUGGCCGCUGUACAUAGCAGAGCUAAAUGUAGACUAAUGUUUUGUGCUAGAAGCCUGUAAUAUAUUAAUUCCGUAGGAAAAGAAAAUCUUUGGAACAAAUUAUUUAUUUACGCGAUCGGUGCGCCAUUCAAUGAAGCUGAAGUUUGUGUCAGUGUUAGAUGUAAGAUACAUCCGUUUCUGUGCCAUGUUUAGAAGUAAAAAAGAGAUGAAAAAAGAAGGAUUCUUCUUUCCUUUUUAAGUUCACUGUCCGCCGAAAUGUGCAAGUGUGUUUCCUCUAGUGCCUCUCGAACUGUUCGCAGAUGUUUUGUUCUGUGUUGUAUUAAGUAUUAUUUAAUUGCGCGACUCUUCCUUCCUGCUGCGAGUCAGAGGCGGUGUGUGAAUUUUCCCGGUGGCAGAACGACAAAACGUUCGUCUUCCAGCCGUACAGUGCUUCCGCCCAACCCGAGUGUGACCAACUGUGUACCAUUGUGUUGUGGUGUAUGUAGUGGACAGAGUCCGGAGAGGCCUUCUGGCUCCGAGAGUAAAGUAUUUUGACUGCUCUUCCUCUUGAGUAUUAAAGUCAUCCAAAGGAGCAA